AUGAUUCUCUCCUCCCAGAAGUUACCCGAGCUCUGGGACUACUUUCUGAUUUACAUCUCAGGAGCCCUAGAGUUUAAUCCUGACUGCAAAGACAUAGACCUUGGACUGUUUCCUCUCAGGAUGAACCCCACCAUUAAGACCAGGACACUAAUGGGUCCAUAUGGAGUAGACAGAGCUGUUCAUUCCUUGGAGUUUACAGACUGUGAGAAUGGCCUGGGGAUUAAAGUGAUUGGCGGAGUGAAGGAGCUAACUGGAGAGGAGUUUGGAGUCUACGUCAAACGGAUUUUACCAGGUGGCCUUGCAUCAAGUGAUGGAAACCUGAUGCCAGGGGACCAGAUCCUGGAGGUGAACGGCGACAGUCUAGUGGGAGUCACAAGUGAAAGAGCUGUGGACAUCCUGAGAGCCGCCUCUGCAACCAAUCUAAUGCGCCUUCUCAUAGCCAGAGACGAGGAAGCAAAGAAAGAAUUUGCUGAGUUGCUGGAGAAGUAUGGAUCUAAUGGUAGCACAGGAUCAACGCGCAACUCUCCCAUACAGCAAGGAGGCCGCUACCUGGAAAGUACAUCAUCUGGUUCCUCGUCUCGCUCCCAGAGUCCUUUGCUGUUGAGCCCAGCGGGCUCUCAGAACAUGUACAACAACGGUGGGCCCAUGCUGCGCUCCCUCAGUCACCCAGGGGAAGGAGUGAUUCAGCUCAUUUCAGUGCCGCGAUCCAGCGGUCUGGGCAUCACCAUAGGAGGGGGCUCCAACCGGCCCGACGGCCCCGCGGUCUUCAUCCAGGAAGUGCUGUCUGGAGGAGACUGUCACCGGGAUGGACGCCUGAGGCCCGGAGAUCAGCUCAUUGCCAUUAACAAGGAGUCCUUGAUAGGUGUGACCCACGAGGAGGCCAAAAGCAUGCUGAACAAAGUCAAAAUCAGCCAAGACAGUGCUGUGGAGAUAGCCUUCAUUCCAGGGAAAGGACUUUUCCCAAGCAGCACAUCUCUCCACAACGGGGUCCAGCGAGCCGCAGGCAACAGCUACAACUCCGGACGCUUAAAAGUCCACAUCAGAUCACCUGAGAUGUGUGCAGAGGAGCCAGCCCCAGUGUCGUCACCUUCUCCAGACAUCUGCCCACCAGAUAUCCAUAUUUCAGGUUCAGCCAGCCAGAGGUCACCAACAGGGGGCAAACCUAAGAUAACACUGGACCCCUACAUACGCCUCAAAUCAGACAAGUUAGACUUGGCUUUGUCCUAUCUCGGCUUGGAUGUCACAGAAGAGAAGAAGAAGAAGUUGAGACAGAGUCUGACAAUAGACCCACAAGGCACUGUGGCCUAUGGAGACUUGGUGGAGGCCACCCGGAACAUUUUCCAGGAGAACCUGGAGGAGCUGGGUUUAGGGGCGGGUCCCUUCAUGUUCUCCUAUCACGAAGCCGCUAGUUUGAUGGACACGUCCGCCUUCCACUCCCCCACAUAUGAAUCAGAGUGCAGCUACAGCAGUGAGGAGAUGGAGCAGUUUCAGACGGAGGUGAAGCAGCUGCAAACCCAGAUGAAGCAGCUCAAGGUGAUGCUGAAGGACAUGGAGCACAGCAAGAAAAGCCUGGAAGAGGAGCUGCAGAGGACCUCUGAGAAAGCAUGUCUGACUGUGGAGGAGAACGCCCUUCUGAAAGAGUCUGCAGGCAGUCGGGCGGGGCUGGCGCUGGGCGGGGGCCAUGGGGCCGGGGCGGCAGGGGCCGGGGCGGCCGGGGCCGGGCAGCGGCAGGCCAGCAGUGCAGAGCAGGACUACGAGGAGGUGAUCCAGCUGCUGGAGGCUGAGAUCAGGGACCUGAAGAACCAGCUGUCCAGCAAGAGGCAAGCACGAGGACUGGAGGCCACCAAGGAGGAGGUGCUAGAUCUGAACAGGAGGCUGACGACUGUUGACUGCCAGCUGAGGAAGUCGGAGCUGAGCAGGAAACACCUGGAGAUCUCCAACAGGAAGCUGCUGGGCUUUGCACAGAAUGUCCACAAAGUGCUGACGACACCCAGCCUGUUUGACGGCGGGAGCAGCAGGUCGUCCCCGGCCACCGACAGCCCAGACACCCCGUCCCCGCUCCCUGACCCCGCCUUCCAGCUGGCUGUGGAGGCCAAAGAGCUGGUGGCAGGAGCCUGCUCGCCCACUGCCGAUGACAACGCGUCAGUGGAGGCAGCGCUGGCCCCAGAUGUCGAGCCUCAUCAUAUGUGAGCAGCAAAGAGCCAGAGAGGGCCCCCGAGAGAGAGGACCCCCGGGCAGCUGAGCCCACCAUGGACCACACCGCGUUAAACAGACUGGACCCCAUCCAAUACACCUCCUCAAAAUAAUGACAUAACUUCCAUAAAUUCACAUCGUCAGUUCAGCGACAGCUUGAACACAACACAGCCAACGUUUUAAUGCCAAAGCUUUGCUCACACACAUCAAAUUUGUGUCUUCUUUUGAAAUAUUCGACGGUCUUUAUGGAGGGCUCAGCGGCGGGAUGUGUGUUGCCCUCAGCCCGGACCCGAGGACUCUCGCCGGUCACCUAUCAGUAACACAAGUCUUUGUGAGAAGUGCUCUGCCAAAUCAAAAGUCGGCUGGAAUCCUAUGUUGUGUUACUCUGACAGCAGGUGGCUGUUGGAGGCGCUGCAUGACCACGUCCACACACGCACGCGCACGCGCGCGCGCGCGCGCACACACACACAC